GGUGGGGUUUGAUAUCGAGAAUGAUGCAAAUACCUCACCCAAAGUCGAAGUCCAGUGGACGACAGUAGUUGGUAACAGAAAGAAACCAGAUAAGCUGCUCUUAGUGAAAGUCGUUAAUGAUGACGAUGAACAUCGAAGGGGAGGAGAUGCGCAAACCAAUCCGGCUCAUCGCGGCUGCCUGCAGGGACAUGGGCAUAGGAAAGAACGGACAGCUUCCCUGGAGUCUUCCAAAAGAAUUUCAGUUCUUUCUGGAUACAAUUACAGCUGUAUCCACACCUGGGAAGAAGAACCUAGUUGUCUGGGGCAGAGUCUCCUGGUUCUCCUGUCCUGAGACAGUCUUCCCUUUGGCCAAUUGCUUCAAUUUGGUAUUGAGCAGGAAGCUGAAUGCAAAUCCUCCACGUGCCCACUAUCUGUGUAAGGAUUUUGAGUCAGUAAUUCGCCUGGUUUCUGAGCCUCCUUUAUGCCACAUUGUGGAGACCAUCUGGGUUUUAGGGGGCCCAGAAGUGUAUAAGGAAAGUCUUGAGCAUCCAUGGUGUGAUCGCAUCUAUCUCACAGACAUCAUGGCCGACUUUGACUGUGAUGUGUUUUUCCCAAAGUUUGACUGCAACAUUUUCAGAAAACAAAAGGGCUUUCCUGGAGUACCAGAUGAAAUUCAUGAAGAAAAUGGUAUUAAAUUUCAAUUUCAAGUCUUCAAGAAAGCUUAAACCCGAAGCCGAGGACUGGAACCAAGACUGUCAAACGUGGUGCUUGAUUUGUUGAUGUUGAUGCUAGACGUUUACAUAGUAUAAAACAGUAUUUUACAGCAUUUUAUUGGUUUUAAUACAGUUAUGUCAGCUUUAUAGAAUCUAGAGUGGUGCAGGUAUGAUGUCAGAACCCAGAAGUCUUAUUCGCCACUGUUCCUUCUAGAUUUUCUCAUGGGGUUUUACAAUGUUUUUAUUUAUUUUUAUGUGUAAAAUAAUGCCUUUGCUAAACACAACUUGAUGAUACUUUGACGUUUUGUUCUACAACAUAAACUGCACACACUCAAUGCGGUUAAAUAAAAAAUGCAGUUAUGUUCCGCUUUUAAAACAUAUACAUUUUAAAGGGAUAGUUCACCCAAAAAAAGAA